AUGGGUAAACUCAUCAAGAACCAUUGGGCCCGCCUCAUCGUCCUCACUGCUGCAAUCUACCAAGUAGCAGCAGCGAUCGAAGGCUAUUUCUGGCCCAAAAUCUUCUGGGACUUCCUGACCAAGAACCUAGACGGGGCCGUCAAACCUAUCCCCGUCCUGCAAACCAUCAACCUGAUCUCCGGGCUCGUCAUGCUGGCAUGGGAAUGGCCGCUGGGAUUCCUGGCUGGUACUGCUAUCCACCGCAGUAUCGAGGCGAGGCUCGUGGCGCUGCCGAUGUGUGCUUUAGUCGCGGCGUUGAUGUACCAGGCGACGAAUCCGGCGAUUUAUUAUGUGAUAGGGAUGGGUGUUUAUUUUUGGGCUUAUAGUGAGGGGGAGGUCGUGGUAGCUGUACCGUGGUCUCUACCCCCACGUGGUGGUAAUUUUGGCAAAGUAUAG